AUGGACUCCAACGACGGGCUUGCCACAUCAAGGUCUCGCAGAGCCAAUGCUGGUUCUCGACUCAAGCAUCUUAUAGAGCUUGAAGAGGCCGCCUCAGGUGUGCAACAGACAUUCCUCACCGAAGAGGAUGAAGAUGUUCAUCUUCUAUUCCAAGAAGACGAGAACGAUGCAGAGUUUGAGGAAGAGGAGGAAGAUGAAGAAGGCGAGGGUGACGAAGAUGGCGAAGAAGCAGAAGACGAGGAAGAUGGAGGACGCGAAGAAGAUGGAGAUGACGUUGAUGAUCCACAGAAGGAAGCUGCUCAGCUACUAGGCGAGGAUAAGUCUGAAACCGAGGCAAAUCCAGACGAGAUGCUCUCAGACUCCGAUUUGUCUGUAUCUGAAGACGACGAGAGUGAGGGUGAACGUGAACUCCAGAAAGAAGAAAGAUCCAAGAAGAGAAAGAAGAAGCAGACCAUCAUUCCCGCUAUCAAGAAGCGUGCUACACAAACACCCAAGCCUAAGUCAGCUCCAAAGCCCGCAUCUAAUGCCCUUCUAUACGGCGAGCGCAGAGCCUCUUCAAGAAAGUCUGCCGUGAAAAACAAGGAAGUCUUGCUAGAAAAGCUCAAGGCAGACGAAACUAGAAGAGCUGCUCUCACACCCAUUGUUAGGGUGAAAGAGAGAGAGCCAACUCAGGAGGAGAGACUUGCACAGGCUCAAGAGACAGAAAAGGAGAAUACUCUUUCAUUGAAUGCCUUCUUAGAGCAGGAAAUCGUCAAGAAGGAGCGUCAAAAAAUGAUGUUUCAACAGAAGCGCCAAAAACUUCGAAAUGUCAUCCGUCUUGUUUCCAAAGCAACCUUCGUUACACCCCUAGAAGAGGUUGAAGAUGCCAGGCAUGUUCAAGACAUGUUUGAGAAGAAGCGCCGUGGCCGUAGAAGAAAGAACGUUCAAGAAGAGCCCGAUGUUAGACGUCCUGGAGAUGUCGACACAGACCUUCCUUACUACAGAGCCGAGAUGGCUGAGAGACAGCGUCUAGAGGCUAUUAGGCUUGAAGAGAAGCGCAAGCUUGAAGAAGCUAGAGCUAUCAAAAGAGAGAAGCUUGAAAAGGAACGCGCUGAAAGAAAACGCAAACUUGAAGAGGAGAGGGAAGAGCGCCGCAAACUCAAGGAACUGCGCCUUAAGGAGUUCGAAAAUAUUGAUGCAACAGACCCAAACUUUUCUGCGGAAUCACUACGUCUAAAGGGCGAGCUUUCUUCUUUAGAGGAGCAGGAUCGUGAAGCCGAUGAAAAGGACAGAGCCGAGACAGAAGAGUCAGAAAAAGAGGAUCAGAAGGAGUCACAAGAUGGUGCUGCCGAAGCCGGUCUGGAAGACACCCAAACAAAACCUCCUCAAGUUGACGAGACUGAGAAGGAGAUAAAGAAGGAAGCCGUUGAUGAGGUGCAAAAAGAAGAAGUCACCACUUCAAAGGAACAAAGCGCCGAGGUCGUCGACGACAAGACGCCAGAAGUUAAUGAUGUCGAGAUGACCGAUGCCACUGAGCCCACCGAUGAAAGGGCGAACCCUGAUGAUCAAAAGGAUGACGAAAAAGACAAGUCUCAUGAAAAGGAGGAAUCGGUUGUUGCUGAUGGUGAAGCUAGUGAAACGAAGAACGAUGAGACGACUGAAAAGGGCACUCCCUCGAAAGAAUCGGAGGUAGUCAAGGUCGAGAAGAAAGUUACAUUCUCCGAUGACGUUGGCAAAGGGAAGAGAAGGAAACCCGAGGUCAAGUCAGUCGCACCUGUUUACAAAGCUCGCUCGGACGGAAACGUUUUCGAGGGCCCGGUGCAAUAUGUUUCUCGUAACAUGGUCUACCUCAUGGACUUCGACGAGGAAGACAGGUAUUGGAAGCUUCCAGAGACGAAGAUCAAGAUUGCCCUUUUCGGAGAAGAGAGUGUUCUCAGUGCAUCAAGGAGAUUCAGAGAUGUCAAAACGAUUCUUCGAAGCACCUCUCGCAACGAGAAUCCUUAUGCCACACCCAAGGAUGACAGAGAGGAUGAGCUCUUCCAGCUGGUAGCCGAUAUCACCGAAGACAGUCCGAUGUUUGACGAUCUUAAGAAACUCCGCAAGAUUGGUGUACGUGUUGAAGACGAGGAGUCUGAAGAAGAGGAGGACAGGGAAGAAGAAAACGUGGUGCAGAUCAGUACCGAGGCUCCAACCGGUCUUUACCUUCCCAAUGGCAACAAGAAGAUUUGUCUCAUUUCCGGAAAGGAAGUCAGGUACUUCGAUCCUGGCACUGGUGUUCCUUACGACAGUGUGGACGACUACAAAGUUAUCAAGACUAUCGAGGCUGGCACUAUUCCGUGGUACAGUAUUCCUAGAGACCAGAACACAUACGGAGCAGUGGAGAUAUAUUUAAAUAACCGAGAGGGAAGCCGACACGCCCGCGGCGUGCCAGAGGGCUUCGAGGGCUGUUAA